GAUGACAAACUUGGGAUGGGGGACAAAAUUGGACAUGCCCUCUUGCAAGAGAUCGAGAAAUCAAAGGUUUCGUUAAUCAUUUUCUCAAAAAACAAUGCUUUUUCCAUGUGGUGUUUGGAUGAACUUGCGCACACAUAUUGGAAUGCAAAAAAAGAUACGGACAAAUUGUCAUACCCAUUUUUUACGGCAUAGAUCCAUCACAGGUACGGAAACAACAGGAGAGUUAUGCAGAUGCAUUUGCUCAAUUUGAAGAACUUUUCGAGGACAACAUGGACAAAGUGCUCAUGUGGCGAAAUGCCUUGAAGGAAGCAGCCAAUAUGUCUGGCUUUGAUAAUUCAAAAAGAACAGGGACGGAGGCUGAUUUCAUUGAGAAAGUUGCCGAAGAUGUUUUGACCAAACUGAAUCGCACAUCUUCUUCAAGUGAUUCCGUGGAAUUGGAUGCAUUUCGAUUAAGGCAAAUUGAGGAAAUUGAAUCGUUAUUAUGCAUUGAUUCACCGGGUGUGUGCACUGUAGGAAUUUGGGGCAAGAAUUCGCUGAGAAGCCUUGAUGAUGAAUUAUUUCACCGGCUGUCUUGUCAAUUUGAAGCUACUUGUUUUCUUGCAAAUGUUAAGGAGUAAAAAAAAAAAGCAAGAAAAUCUCUCCCGACGAUCGGCACAA